GUGCGCCUCGAAGAUAGUUUGCAGUAGUGGAGAUUGCUUCGCUUUGAACAUUCAAAAUUAAUUGAACCCUCGAUUAGUGCGGUGUUAGUUAACUAUUCAUGAUUUGCUUGAUCGAAAAUUACACCUGCUCCAAUAAUAAAUUGAAGUAUCGUGAAUGAUAGUCAUUUGGGAUACAACGCCAAGUGAAUUGAAAUCGUGUACUCUGCUGGACAAUUAGAGGAUUAAGCACAAUAACUCUUGAUAGUGAAUAAGAGUAUUCCGUGACUUAAUCUUAAAGCAGAAUUCCCAUAUGAAACACCUAGUGCAGUGACAAGCAAUCAUCUGAUAAAAAAAAGUGUCAAGAACAAAGCUUAUCGGGACAGACAGUGAACAUUGAACAUUACUUCGCGUGAAUAGUGUGUAUAUCAAAAGUCGCCAAAAUAAAGCUCAAAAUGGAUGGUGCAACUGUGAGCCCAAUGCCAGAGGCUCCGUUAGCAAUGAUGGAGGUUGAAAAGACGCCACCAAGAAGUCCCAGCGCCCACGACAUGCCUCCACCACCAGAUGAGAAGCGUUAUGAUGACGAUGACGAUCGAGUAUGGGAUUGCGGAGCAUGGUUUGAAUAUAUUCUAGUGGUUGUAGUAUCUUCAAUACUACUCAUUGCUGCAUCCGUAUUGACCAUUUUCUGGGUAAUAUACUACCGUAAAGGUUUCAGCAUGGAUGACCCGAAGCUACAAUUUAAUCUACAUCCAGUUCUAAUGGUUGGUGGUUACAUCACACUCUCCGGAUUUUCCAUUUUAUUGUAUCGUAUUUGCCGUUGUUGUUCACACUUAAUUGUAAAACUGUGUCAUACAUUUUUCCAUGCAUGUUCCAUUCCAUGCAUCGUCAUCGGUUUCCUAGCUGUUUGGGAUUCUCACAACCAGACACAAACGCCCAACUUCUACUCGUUGCACUCUUGGCUUGGUUGCAUCACCAUGGGACUUUUCGCUCUACAGUUUGUUCUGGGAUUCUUCAGUUUUCUCAUCCUUCUAUGCUGUGAAAAUGCGACAUACAAGUUCCGGUCGACUAUGGUACCAAUCCAUGCAAGUUUCGGUGUUGCCACAUUUAUGCUGGCUGUUGCCACGGCCGUUACUGGUUUAACACAAAAGGCUCAUUUUGAAUUGGGAGAUAGCUACCAACAAACGAUCGAGGAAGGAAUUAUCAUCAAUUCGAUUGGAGUAGUCUUGACUGGUCUUGGUAUCAUCAUUCCAUUUGCCGUAAGACGUUCGAAUUCGCCAGCCAACUGCAAAGUUUAUGUCACUGAACGUAUCUAAGUUAUUUAUUGAAUCAAUUUUCAGUUAUUUUUACGUUUGGAAUUAUGUUAUGCUUAAGUGCAAUCGGUUGUAUAAGAUAACUGUUAAAAUUAUCAGAGUAAUCUGAUGUUAAUAGGCCUGUUAUGUUCAAAUUGUUAUAUCUACCAUAAAGAUCUUUAUUUCCUGAAGUGUCUGGUUAACAUUUUAAGAUUUUUAGAAAACAAAACUGUCAUGUAUGCGGUUUGACAGAUAAUCGGUCAAAUCUGUAGGGUUGGAGCAGAAACGAAGUGACAGACGACUAACUGGCGAAGAAAACAAUUAAAAUAAUAAGGUUCGCUGUAAUAGGAUUUUCUUAGAAGCUUGUGCCAUCAGCCACCAGAUGGUCUAGUAUUUUUGUUUUGAUUUGAACAAAGUUGAUGUUGUGUGCAAUGAUCUACGACAGUAUGCAUUUUGUCAUUUUUUUUAUGCAUUUCAGUUUUGAGUAGAGUGAAAGAGAGAGAACCAAAAUAUUCUAGUACAUUUAGUGAAAAUGCUAGUACGAUCCAGUAGUAGUGUUGCCAUGUCGUACACUGAAAAAAUGCAAUAGCAGGCUCGUCACCAAAGUUUUCGAGCCGCUGUCUGUCACUUCGUUUGUGGUUGGAGUUCAUUCUUAAUCACUCAAAAUCUUAUAAAAUAAACCAAUUAGCGAUCUAACGAGCGCUCGUGGCAAAUAGGAGAUAUAGAAAAAUGAUGAUGGUUUCAAAAUUUUAAACGGUGAGGUAAAGGAGAGAAAUCUUAAAAAAAACAUUUAUUGUCUGACAACAAUAUUUGUCAAUAUUUUUAUUGCUGCUAAGGAGGAAGAAACUUUAAAAGCUUCCCGAUAGACGCACAAUUUUAAAUUUUUAUUGUUUUUCUUAGUUUUCAUUUAGAUCUAAAGAUUUCAUCUUUCUAACCCCGUAUACAUGACUAAAUUUAUAAAAAAAUACGUUCUUCGUAAAAUAAAAGCAUUUUCAUACUAUUCUCACAUACCUCGCUGUGCAAAAUUAUGAAACCAUCAUCAUUUUUCUAGUUCUCAUAUUUGACACAAGCUUCGCUUUAUGCUAUCGUUAGUUUGCCAAUAGCUAAGUUAUUUGCUUCAGGAAACAAAAAUAAUUUUGGGAAAAUAUAUCAAUUAGGAUAUAACAAGUCUAUUGCGCAAAAUAAAAUUUAUUUCAAAAACCUCAAAUCUUUAAAAUUAAAUUGUUAUUAAGUUAUUACAUUUUUAUGUGUUGUUUAUAGAAGAAUUUAAUAUAGAAACAACAAAACGACCAUAUAAAAUAAUGAUUUGAUUUAUAAGUAUUUUUUAAGUGUUUAAAUCCAUUUUUCAACAAUCAUUAAAAACUGAACUCGUAAGGGAUAAAAUUUUAAUACCUUUUAGGCAAGCAGAAGCAGGCGAUCAAAAUAUUUUAUAAAACGUAUUGAUAUUUCUAUUUACGAAGCAGACGUAGUGUGGCGCUCAAUAUUCGAAAACAAAACAAACAUUCUUUCUCACUAUGCGAACAAAGGCAAAUCAUAGCUCAUGUAGUCUACCACGUAGUUGACGAACACUAAAACUUAAUAUAAUGAAAGAGCAUCCAUUAUUACGUGCCAAAUGAUAUUUUAAUUGAUAGUUCAAGUUAUUUUAACUGUACGUUGCUUAUUUGGAUUGAAUAAAUAUUUACAAACUGAAUGAAUUCAUGAGGAAAAUAAAA